UACUUGUAGGUCCUAGUGUCUCUCCAAUUUUAUCUUUUCCUUGUCCUAUGAAUGCCCAUUCCAACUUUUUUCCCCCAUUUUGAUAAUUUACCUGAAAGAGGUGAAUACCAAUCUGAACCAACUCAAACCCAAAAGAGAAGAAUUUUACCCAAAUUUGUUAUAAAAUUGGGCCAAACUCACCCAAAAAACCAUCAAAUGCUAUGGAGAAACAAGAGGUGUUUAUCAUUCCUACUCCACUUAUGGGUCAUGUUGGUCAGCCUGUGGCCUUGGCCAGGAUGUUGGUCAAUCGAUUUCAUCAUAUCACGGUUACUAUACUCGUGAUGAAGCUCCCUGGUGACACAAUUGGCACCGAUUACACCAACUCUCUAGAUUCAUCUCCAACAAUAAACAACGAUCACCACAAUCGGAUCAAUUUCAUCCAUUUUCCUCCUAUGGAUAUUGACUUGUUUGCAGGUUUCCCACCAGUCAGCGCCUUGGCUGAUGAGGUCACCGAACGCCAUAAGCCUAUUAUAAGACAACUUGUGGCAAGUAAGUCCAGUGGACCGCCUCCUAGGCUUGGUGCAUUGAUUGUUGAUAUGUUUUGUACUACAAUGUUAGAUGUUGGGAGUGAGUUUGGUAUUCCUAGUUAUGUGUUUUUCACAUCAAAUGCUGCUUUUCUUGGAAUCAUGUUACAUUUUCAGACCCUCCAUGAUGAACAUGGUCAGGAGAUAUCUGAGUUGGGUCAUUCGAAUACCGAGUUAAUGAUCCCGAGCUAUGGAAGUCCGGUGCCUCCAAGCGUUCUGCCUUUUGUGCCGAUAGACAAGGAAUCAUGGACCAAGAGGCUUCUUCGGCAUUCUAGAAAGUACAGAGAAGCGAAAGGUAUAAUUGUCAAUACAUUUCAAGAGCUAGAACAUCAUGCCCUUCUUUCCUUUGAUGACAAAACACCUCCUGUCUACACAUUAGGCCCAAUGCUAAAACCCGAAAAAAGUACCACAAACAAUGAGGUAUUGCAGUGGCUAGAUGGUCAACCAAAGUCAUCGGUCCUGCUCUUAUGCUUCGGGUCCAGAGGAUGGUUUAAUGAGGAACAAGUGAAAGAAUUAGCAAUUGCUAUAGAGAAGAGUGGAUACAGAUUCAUAUGGUCUUUACGCCGACCUCCUUAUGAGGACGUCAAAGGGUUCCCAGGGGACUAUACUGACUACAACGAAGUCCUGCCAGAUGGGUUCCUAGGCCGUACGGCCAACAGGGGGAAAGUGGUUGGGUGGGUCCCGCAGACGGAACUGCUGGCUCAUGUGUCAGUCGGAGGGUUUGUAUCACACUGUGGGUGGAAUUCCAUACUGGAAAGCCUUUGGUAUGGAGUUCCAAUAGCCACAUGGCCAAUAUAUGCAGAGCAACAAUUAAAUGCACUUCAGUUGGUUAAAGAAUUAGGAUUGGCGGUUGAAAUCUGUUUGGAUUAUCAGAAACUGAACAACAAUCAGCGUUUGGUAUCAGCCUGCGACAUUGAGAAAGGAAUAAGAGAGGUGAUGGAUAGCAAUAGUAAGGUCCGAGCAAAUGUGUCAGAAAUGAAAGCCAAGAGCCGAAUGGCACCAGAAGAAGGCAGAUCAUCGAACGCUAGUCUGAAACGUUUUGUUGAUGAUUUCAUGUAACUAGCUAGCUUGCAUAAGAAAAUCGCUAAUAAACACAAUAUAUAUCAUGUAGUUCUAUAUUGCAUCUACUAAAUCGCUACGGAUAUGAACAACCCAUUAUUUAUAGCAUUAUACUGUAUGAUAUAAAACUUGUUAUGAUUAA